GCUCAGUUGAAGUACUUUACGGUGUAUUUUAAACGAUGUGUUAAAGUUUUUUUUUUUUCUUUUCAUUUUACGUCAACUAAAAAAAAAAAAACGGCGUCCGUUAGCUCGGCACGGGAAAGCUUCGAGAGCUUCAAGGGCUUCGUUUUUUGCGUUCGAGCCGGAGUUAAAUGAGGGUGUGAGAUGUCUGAAGACGACUGAACGUGUGCGCUUAUUGUUUGUGAAGAGAAAGAGGGAGAAAGAGAGAGAAACACGAUGCGGGCGGAUUAAGCGUGUGAGCACGGAGACGUGGACGCCUCACGAGAGAGUCGGAUCAGGGACACAUUUGUCACUGUGUUUUCACAACAUUCCCCUCCCGUGGGGACGCUUACUGCGGUCUCCAUGGUAACGCUGCGGACGCCCAGCCCCGCGUGUCUCUUUGAGCUGCAGAGAGGAGGAGGAGAGGAGGAGGAGACCACCGAUCAGGGUGGGAGAUGCCGUUUCAGGACGGAGUGUACUACCCUCUCAGCAGUGACACCCACUCCUCGGCGGGGAUCCCCUCCCUCCUGAAUUCUCCUCUCAGCGUGAUGACUCCAUCCAGCGGGAACAACUCGGCCGCCGCUGCCGCCGCCGCCGGGAUCCCCUUCAAGUUCCGCCCGCGGCGGGAGAGCGUGGACUGGCGGCGCAUCAACGCGGUGGACGUGGACCUGGUGGUGAGCCAGCUGGACGUGGACGCCCUGCAGGAGCACGUCGGCACCGUGACGUUCUGCAGCCUGGAGGGCGAGCGCUGCCCUCGCUGCCAGGGCCCCGUGGACCCCGCGCUGGUCAAGCUGCUGCGGCUGGCGCAGCUCACCGUGGAGUGGCUCCUGCACUGCCAGGAGUUCCUGGCGCUCAACCUGCGGGCGGCCGAGGAGAGGCUGGCGGCGGCCGGCCGGGAGCGAGACGAGCUGCUGGAACGGCAGAGGGGGCAGGAGGAGAAGGCGAAGGCGCUCAUGGCCGAGCUCAAGCAGCGCAAGAAGGUCAUCCGCACGCAGCAGUCCCUGCUCGCACCGCGGAUCAUCAGCCACAAGUGUCUGCACUGCGAAAAAACCUUCAUGAACUCCUCUUUCCUCCAGAACCACGUGCAGCGUCGGCACCCCGACGAGUUCGACGCCCAGCUGCGGUCCGACAGCGAGAAGAAGUCCCAGAUCGACAGCCUCAAGUCUGAGAUCAGCAGCCUGAAGGAGCAGGUCGUCCAGCAGCAGCAGGCGCUGCAGGCCAAGGCAGCUCAGGAGAAGGAGCAGCAGUCCAUGCACAAGGACCUGCUGAGGGAGCUGGACCGCUUCAAGGCCGAGGAAAUGGCCCGCAUGGAUCGCAAGAUCGAAGACAGCCGGGACGGCAUGCGCAAGGAGAUGGAGUUCCUGUACAGUCGCAACAUCCAAGCUCUCAACGAAGUGAGUCAGAGCCAGUCGGUGAGGCAGGAGAAGGAGAAGUCGCUCGGCUCGGCUCCCUCGCAGCCCGAGAGGGACGUGGACAGCCACAGAGACGAGCAGAUCCACAAGCUGCAGCUCCUGAUGAACAAGCAGAACAGGAAAUGGGAAUCCAGGCUGCAGGAGAUGAAAUCUCAGCACGAGUCUGAAAAGAUCGAGCUGCACGGCGAGCUGAACCGGAUGCGCUCGUCGGUGUUGGAGCAGCAGGAGCGAAGCCAGGAGAUGAUGAGGAAGCUGCAGGAGAAGGAGCAGACUGUCCGAGCUCAGAGGGACCAGAUAAAGAGCAUCUCCUCAAAGGCUGAAGUCACACAAGUGCCCGUGGUGGUCAACGCCCCGCCUCCGGAGCCCAAGCAGAAGCGAGUGGUGCUUGAGGAGCCAGUCUCUGCUCUAAAGCUGGAUCCUAUACAGGAGCUGUCAGAGGAGGACAGAGGUAAAACAAACGCUCCGCUGCAUGCCGCCGCUGCUGCAUGCAGUGCAGGGAAGUCUCCCGUGGUGCUUUCGAUGUCCGUUCAUGGCGUGGUAGACGUGCUCCUCAUCCGCCAGGCUCGUGCAUGUCGUGGUUUGAGCCCGCGGCGCUCCGCCUCCCGCCGUCCCGCUCCUCACCGCCGGCUGUCCUCCACAGACUCCAGCAGCGUGUCUGAGCGGAGGCCCGCGGAGAGGAAGGCCGAGGCGGCGCCGGAGAAGAAGCAGAGGCCGAGCAGCCGCAGCAGCAGCAGCAGCCGCAACGCGCUGAAAACCAACCCCAACAUCAAGAGGGAGAUGCGUCCAGAGCUGGAGGAGGCUGUGACUCGGAGGCUGGAGAGCCUGGGAGUCAGGCCGGAUCAGAGCGCCCUGAAGAGCAAGGAUCUGGCCUCGGUCCGGGACAAGGUGAAGCUGAAGCGGGAGACUGUGGCGAAGGAGAUGCCGGAUUACUGGCGUCAGCGGGAGGAGAUCCGCAGCGCCGUGGAGAAGAAGCUGAGCGCUCAGACGAAGGGCAGCGAUCCCACCGCCAGGCGUCAGGUCCAAGUGCUGCAGAUCCGCCCUCGCUCCAGCAGCCUGCCCUCCAGACCAGCAGCCAAACAGCCAAAGACCCCCCAGCCGGCCCCCAGGACCAAGACCGCCAGCACCCCGCCCAAGACGUCCACGCCCAACACCGCCGCUCUGAGGAUCCCCGCCAAGACGCCGCCGUUCAGCUCUGACGAGGAGUCCGAGGACCGACCCGCGUCGCGGCAGGUCCGAGGGAGCCGAGGCGGCCCCAGGCAGGCGGCGGUCAGCAGGAAGCAGAGCGACGACGACGACGGGUGGUCCGACGUCAGCGAGCUGCAGGAGAUCGACCCCCAGCAGCUCGGCCGCUACAGAGACCAGAACGGCAACCUGGAGAGGAGGAACCCCGGGAAAGAGAACAGAAUCAACGACCUGGCCAGAAAAAUGGAGAAGCAGUUUGCGGAGCGAGUGCUGAAGAAGCCAGCAGGGGGCGUCAGCAUCCUGCCUGAGAAGAAGGACGAGGUCCAGGAGCUCACGUACACAGACCUGGAGGAGAGCAGCGACUGGGUGGUCUCCUCCUUGGAGGACAAACCGGGACCCCUGAGGAAGAGCCUGGACUCUCCCAGCACCAGCGUGUGGGGAACCUCCACGGGAAAGGCCCCCAGAUCCGGUCUGACUGAAGCCGGGACCGGAAGCACCCUGAAGAGCAGCCUGUGCUCCCUGAGCGACAUCAGCGACUCGGACGACGCCAGCAAUAGACCCGGCAAAUACUAGAGCCCACCGGGUGACCUCAGCCAGUGCGAGACAGACACCAGCAACACUCCAGAAAGGGAAUUAAUAAGGCCUAGUUUACCUCAGCAGUAACGCCCGCGCACUCUUAUCACUCAACUCCUCACGAGGUACUGCCUAUGGUACCGAGCAUCGUUUGUGUCAAAUUUUGUACGCCACAUUUUAUAGAAAGCCAGCAGAGACUUUGUAUAGAAAAUAUUUAUACAAGCAAUAAAAGA